CAAACAUCCACAUGGGAGGAGGAGGAAAGAAGAAGAUGGAGGAUCACCCGUUCUUCAUCAAGUUCAGGAAGAAGAGCAAGAGAGAUCCAACGUCCGAUGAUAGAGAUGAAUGUGAGACUCCCAAGUCGAUUGAAGAAGAGGAGGAUGCCUCUGACUCUGUGGAAAUGACAGGAGAGAGGGAGAAGAGACCAGUCAACAAGGUAGCCGUGGCAGCCGGGAUGAAACGCCUGACCUUCCUCAUGGAUUGCUGUAACCCUGGCAACGUGCCGGAUGCAGAGUUCUUGGCCGCCGCUCUUGAUCUGCAUGCUCCAGUGGUCGCGAGGGCAGCUCUCUUCUUAGAAUGCUGUCACUUUGUGCAUCGUUGUAACUAUGGCGACUGGCCUGACUGGAUGCGCUUCAAUGUCCGGGGAGCCAGGGGGCGGGGCCUGAGCAAUGUGUUUGGUUCAAGGGGGACAUCCUCCUGCUACCGUAAACACGCCUCCCUGCAGAGGACGGCUGCGAAGAUGUUCUACUUGUGGGCUGAGGCCAUUGGUACCCGUCUAGAGGAGAUUGAGAAGCAAGAAUCUCAGAACGUUCUCCAUGUUGUCGGAAAGGUGAGAGAUGAAGGGCUCAAGAAAAGACUUCGCAGAGAAGAUGAUGAAGAGGACUUCCUUGAUGAAGCCACCGUCAACCCUCAAGGAACAGCCUGCCCUCACGCUCUCAAGAUGGUCGCCUGUCAGCUCCUCCUAGAAAUCACCUCCUUCCUCCGAGAGACGCUUCAGAGCCUCCCCAAGCCACGCAAGAUGGAUCGAGGAGGUCUGAGUGGCAUGAACCGUGGGGCGAGGGACUCUGAGUUCUUGGAGAUACCUACCGUUACCAUGGCGCCCGCAUCGCCUCAGCCACCGACCAGGAACGCCAGCGGGUCAAGCACAACGUCCAGUCCCCCGCAUCCCAGACACAGUAUCUGCGUCAAUCCAAGCGUGGAUAGCCCACUCUCAUGGGGAAGUGAAAGGAAGAUCAGCUUUGCGCUAGGAGGAAUUGAGAAGAUUGGCGAGAGGGAGAAAGAGAGAGGUGCAGGGGAUGACGACUCACAACACAGCAGUAAUACAGAACUCAACAAUGUAGAACAAGAAGAAAGAAGAGUGGGCAUGCAAGCUCGAAAGCCAAGCCGGGGCGGACUUCUCAGACGCCAUGGGGUCACGACCUCACCCAUGGGACGAGAUGCAACAGCUAGACCGACAGGAAGACAUCGUAGCAGCAGUAGACCAGAUACUUUACAUGGUCUGGCCCGAUCAGGAUCUAUCAAGGGGCGUAAGGUGUCGUCCAUCUCUAUCGAUGAGGACUCGACUGGUGAGACGAGCAGCGUAUUCAGUGACCAGGUCAGCCCGCAGGAACAGGACCUGUCAGAGGUGGUCUCGACGCCCGAUGGGGGAGGGCUGGAGGAAGUGGACUUCACCAAGAACAUGCCGUGGAUACCAGUUGUGGUUGAGAUUGCCAGUAAGAGUAACUUCCUCUGCCAACACAAGCGCAGCUGCCACCCCAACUGCCUUGAGCGCCAGAAGCGUAACUGCUACCGCCUGAUGAAGGCUGUGAGGGCGGUCUACGGGGAGGAGAUGUUUCCAAAGGUCAGAGACGAGGAGUUGGAAGAGAAAGUCAGACGAUUUGAAGCAAAAACCAAGAGAAAGGAGAGCACCCAGGGUCACUCUACCCUGCGUAGUUUCCGAGAACUGAGGCGGGAGAGCACCUCCUCCACACUGGAUCGUCAAGUCAGCAUGUUCCGUCACAACGCCACCAGCCGUACCAACUCUGCUGUGGCCAACUCGGCCAUGACCCUGCCCUUUGACCUCGAAAGGCCCCACGUGGUAGACACGCCCAUCAUGAAGUAUCUCAAAGUACAGGCUAUGGAUUUGUAUCACGCCCCUCUCUCCCUGCUCGCCAAAGCCGCUCCCAUUCUUGGUGAGGAACUCUAUGACAACAUCUUGCCCCUGUCUUGGGAGCUACUCCUGGAUACAAGCCAGCAACUAGCAGGAUCAGCCGCUGCAUUGGUACUGAUCUGUGCGGUCAAGAUUCCUGAUGCGGUCAACCAGUUGAUUGCAGGAGAGAUGCACCACGUUGAUGCAGGUCAGAGAGUGGAGGCUGUCCAGCGUUUUGGGGUUCUCUGGAGAUUCCGUCACCAGGUCUGGCCUCGAAUGGAAGACAAGGCAUCCAUUUUAUUCAAGGUGCCUCCACCAAGCAUUGACUUCACCGUACCCUCGCCAACCAUCGGGGUGUCAAACGUGCCCGUCCUGGACCCCCCAUGGAUGCCUGUAGCCCACUCGGAGCUGGAAGAAAAGGUCUCAACGGAGCAAGAAAGCCGCUCAUUUGCAGCGGUGGCCGUCUCACGCACGAUCCAGCAUAGGGAGCACGUUCGGAAAACGCUUCUCCGCGAGCAAGAGAAGAAACGCAAGGCUCGUGAGACUUUCCAUCUCAUCAACGUACCGGUCAUACAGCAGGCCGCCUACGAACCUUCCCACCACGUGACGUCAGAUGACGAAGACGAUACGCCAGGGUCCGUUUGCGUGUCGGUUGGCCCCCGUCGCAUUUCUAUCGCCCCGCCGGCACAGCAGGCUGCGGCCAACCUGAACCGUGGCAGGAAUCUGUCUAUACGCCGGGCAUCCCUCUGGUCUGGUGGUACACUCUCGGCCAGCACAGCGGAGGAUGAGACCAUGGUAACGGAGCGAGCUCAUCACACACCGCCCACGUUCGGUGUGUUCUUCCCAUCGUCCAUCUGCUCGUCCAUGGUGCAUCUGACCGCUCUGCUGGACGAUGCAGAGGUCAAUCUGGAAGGUGUUUCAGUUGGUGAAGUUGCACACAAGAUCAUGUGGACGUGCCUGGUGGAAGAACCUGCCCUCAUCUUGAGGUACAUCCUAGAGAAGAUCACUGCUAAGGAUAAACAGGAAGAGCUGAUUUUGUUGAUGAAGAAGCUGUUCAGUCACACUGAUGAGAUACCUGCCCAAGCUGCUCAUACGCUCUUCAACUAUCUGAUUGGAUUCAUUAUCUACCACUGCCGUGCACCACACGAGGGAGCUAAUGAAGCCAUCGCCAACACGUUGACUGUUAUCUGGCAUAUUCUACCCUACGUGUCGGGCGUCUCUUUCAAAGACCUCAAACAAACCCUCAAGAAAGAACAAUGUGAUCCAACCAUCCUCAUUACAGCAAAUGUACCUUGUGCAAAGAAACUGAUUGUUCAUGGUCCGAAUGAGAGUGAUAUUCCAACACAGCUCCCUAUCAGUGAGGAUAUGCAAUUUGAGGAGAUCUUACAAGACUGUUUAGAGUUCUUUAACAUCCCUCCAGCUCAGCAUGGAUCCCACUUCUUGGUGGAUAAAAAGACAAAUCAAAUGCUAGAUGUGAAGUCCUAUGUGAGAGACUUCUAUGCCUACAGACGUUCACAGUGCCCUGAGCUCAUACUAAAGAAAAUGGAUAAGCAGCUCGGACUGGAGAAACUCCAGCGACAGGCCUUCACUUUGAAGUUAUCUGAGCUUGGACGAGUCUACUUCUCAAUGACAACACUGCAAAGUACACCAAAGAAUAAUAUGAAUAUCCACGUCUCGUUCCUCCAUGACGAGUUGAUCAGACUGCCGUCAUUCCCAAGGAAGGCAUUGGAUGCUGAGUUCUUGCUUUACUCUAUACAACAGAUGGGGAAGGAACUCUUUGGUCUCGAUGUUCUUCACAAGUUCAUGUGGGUGAAGAUGACUCAGACCGUCUUCAAUCACAUGUCGUCUGACUUUCCAUGGAGCGGUGACAUCCAACUCUUCCUCAACGUGAUCAACGGCGCCCUUCUGCUUCACUGUGAAGACAUUUCCAUUCUCCGUCUCUGCCUGUCGACCUACAUCAACAUCUCCCGCCACUUCAAACACAUCUUUGCUACAAAGGGUUUCCAGUACAUCAUGCCUACGAUCCUACGUAUCUACACUCAUCACCAAUCCAAUCCGCUUGUCUGCAGGAGUAUAGAGUAUGUGUGUCGUCAGUUCUACAUUCUCCACAUGAAGCCGUUUGUCCUUCAGCUGUUUGGAAGCGCUGCUCCUAUUUUGAAGGUUGGCUCUGAAGAGGCUCCUAACCCCCUAAAAGCCUCUGCAAAAGCACUGUUCAAGCUCCUCCUCUCAUUGGAGAAAGACAGCAAAGAUACUCUGGAUCUCCUGGAGUUGGUUAGUGGUGACAAACCACUCAAAACACUUGACUUCUGUUACAACAAUGACCCUCUGGCGACCUUCAACAUCCCAGAAGCCAUCAGGUUGUGUGUCGUCGUCGUCGCCUUUGCGCCUGAAUCUGUCCGGAGUGCCCAGAUGCUGGGUGUGUUGGAUGCCAUAGUGCCCCUCUAUCUACAGCAUCUGAAAGACCAGACAAAGAGAAGGGACAACUCCAGCGCUGCCAAGUUAGAGACCACGGCCAUCACCAACCUAGCGGUCACUAUCAAGGCACUCAUCACAGGUGCUGAGACUCUGGCGAGGAGUACCAGUGGACCAAGCCGCAAGAUCGACACGUCCAAUGUGGCUGCCAGUUUCAAGAGCUCUUCCAACUCCCAGCAGAGCUCGGUCCGCAAGCAUAACUCGCGCAAGUCGGGCAUCAACAACUCAAACAACAUCGACCUAGGAGACGAGGAUAUGAGGGAAGAUUUUAGAUUCAGAUACAAUGACGAUCGCGUCCAGCGUCGUUACGAGGACGAUUCUGAAGAAUCAGAGACCAUGAACGAGUUCUGCAAGCCAAGAGACAUGCUGCUGAGCGUGGUCUCCGAGUUCUACUGCCACGGACUGGCCAGGCUCAAGGAACUCAGACCGGUAGCAGAGUCCAGGACCCACAGCCAGACUGAAAUCAUGGACCAGAAAUGCCAUAUGCGUAUUGCGGAAGUUGCCCUGACCUUACUAAAGGUCGCGCCUCAUGACCCCGUGACCAUGGGAUGCAAAGGACUUCAAAGGUACAUCACCAAGAUGAUACCCCUGACAGACUGGUCCAACCAGGACCUACGCCCCGCCCUCAUCACCCUUCUCAAGAGACUGGACAAACUCUUUCAGAAGAUCCAUAAGAAACCUACACUCAUGCGCCACAUGGACUGGGAAUCAGCCGCAAACUUUCUGAAGGGAAUCUACAUCACCCUGACGAAACAGAGCAUUAUCAGCCAUCUUCCCCAUUUGAAGUCCCUGCUCAACAUCUGCCUCGCGCUCCUCCUCUGCGAUGGAUCUGCUCCUGGUGGAGCCGAUGGUCUCCAGCUGCUCAACGUGGCCUCCUCGGGCGGGGUCCGCUUUACCCCUCCACCGGUCUUCUGCUCCUCCGUGGUCCGACUAGUCGCCAUGCAAAUGCACUGUAUGAAGGACAUGUAUACGUUGGAGCAGGUGUUUGGUGGGACGCCCAUGUUCAACUCUCCGGAGAGGACUGAGACCAUACUCCUCUACUUCGUCCUGCCCCUCUGCUUGAGGGUGGGUUGUGGCAGAAUUGACUCGCCCAAGAUCCGACCCUCGGACAUCUCCUUUGCUCUCACCAUGAUCCUCAACGCCCUGCUGCCGCCCCAGAAGCAGGCAAGGCCAGCGGGAGGGGGUAGCGGGCUCCCGAAGCACAACUACUCCUCCAUGACAGACCUUCCUAGCCAUACCAGUGCUUCCUUCAGGGACUCUACAGGAUGUGUGCCAGAUUCACUCUAUGAAGCGGGGUACCUUGGUUUGAAGAUCAUGUUGGUUUGUUUCCAGUCACAACUAGCCAGAGAAUGGCAUCGCAUAGCAACUGUUGUCAAGGAGUUGGGAUCACACAUGAUGGGCGGAGUAGCUCUUUGGAGUUUCUUAGAUUUCCUCACUUCGGUGAAGACUCCGUUGUAUGUCCUGCUGAAGCCUUUCAUUGCCUUCAAGAUGCUGCGGAUGAUCUGUGAGACGGAUUCAGAGGUCAUGCUGCAGAGGUACAUAGGUCUAAAGUUGAGAGGUCACCACUGCCAGUCACCGAAGAGCAUGUCGGAUAACAUGAUUGAGCUGUGCAACGAGCUGAGGCAUCUCAGGGACAAUAUGUUUGUCCCAAGAGAUCAAGUACGUUUCACAGACGAGUUAGUUGCACUGGCGGGAGAACGAGUGGAGAGCGUAGAAGGCAUGCAGGUCAUGUCACCAUUCCAGCAACGUAGCUCCAUCAUCUCACGACUAACUAGAAAAGCCACGAUCACGUCACGUCGUAGCUCCAGCAGACAGAGCUCCCGUCGCUCCAGCCGCCGAAGUGCAUCGGGUAGCCCUCAGGAUCAGGCCGACCUCAACGCCAACAGCUCCACGGAACCUUCCCGCAUCGCCCGCUCCAACAGCCAGUAUAAUCGCAGGAGCUUGCGUCACACCGAGGAGUGCAUCACGGAGGCGGACGCAGAGGCAGAAGCGGAGGACGUAGUGGAUAACGAGGAGUGCAAGCUAGGGCGUGGCUUCACACGCAGGCAGAACACCAAACGCAUCAGUCGUAGCACCAGCCAGCGGAGGCAUCCGACGCGGGGUCGUGACAACGCCCCAGGCCUGAUAGGUGGUGCGGUCAUACCCGGGGUCACCGAGAGUUCUCCCGCCUCCGACAACCCCAAGGUGACGGGUCCAGAGGGAGGGGAACUGAAGGAGAAGACGCAGACGGCAGACAAGAAAGAGGACCAUGUGGAGGCCAAGGAGAAGAUGGAUACAAUCGUCCACAUCGGAGAUGCCAUGAUAGGGAAGUUUGAUCACGACGAGGAGGAGACAAACGAGGAGAGUCGUCUGCUCCAAGACACGUCCUCACCCCCGCUACUCAAGGCAGCCCAGCACAAAUUUGUAGCCAUGGGACCACAGACCGACACCGAGGAAGAGGAUGUCAGUAACGUCCAGGAAACAAUGAGGCUCCUGGACCUCGCCAAGCAGCGAAAUCCUGUUAUCAUCAAGGACAGAAGAGGCACUUCCUCAACAGAAGACACUCAUGUCUAGGACUACGAGAGGACCCGACACAAAUUUGUUGCAGUGGGACUGCAAUGUGGACAUACUUUGAUGUUUGAAAAUUAAAGGCAUAAUUAAUACAAUUUAGUAGGCCUCGGAGUGUACACGUUUCAAUUUAAUUAAUGGAAAGAUCCCUCAAAGUUGAAGUAUUGUACGUGCAGUAUUCAUAACACACUUUGGGGAAUUUGUUUAGGGGAUUCGAAAACACAAACUUGGUCUGGGGGAACAAAGAGGAACUCUGCAAGAGACAUUUAUGUGAUAUGUAUAUGUUCCUGGGUAAAAGACAAGCGGUAUGUAAAUGAAAUGAUUUUCUCUUGUUUUUUUAUUUUAGAUAGGAAUAUUGCAUAUAAUUAAAUAAAGUAUGUACAUGUGUAUGUACAAUGAUUCAGAAAAAGCUUUAAACGCAAAUGUAAAUAAACACAAAUUUGCACAGCUGUUAAUACAAGCUCCUACUUAAAAGACCUCAACCUUAUUGUAUCAAUAUUCAUCAU